GCUCCGAAGCAAUGUCGCAGGUCAUCCCCAACCACGUGCUGCGGGUGGGCCAGACGAUCUGCGUGGCCUCGGCGGAGGAGAGCAGAAGCUUGCACCCCACCGGGGGCCCCGGCUGCUCCAUCUUGCCUACAAAGUGUUCGUAUUUUUCGCCCGAGGGGUGGGUCAGCCAGCCCAUGAUGGCGCCAAGCAAAGCACAUCAGCUGCCCAGUGGGGAACCGCGGGGAUCUAACUCCGGGAGAGAACAUCUGGGCGCCUCUUUGGAAAGGGCCGCUCCUGCCCAUCAGCCAAAGGGCGAGUCUGAGCCCCAGGCGACUCCGGAUGCCAGUCCAGUGUCUCCGACUCUAGACGUGUCGAUAGAAAGUUUGAACCAACUCAUCCUUGAAAUCGACCCGACCUUUCAGCCCCUCUCGCCCAGACCAGACAGCGGCAAGAAGCACCCUGCCCAACCCAUGUAUCCUGGCGACGCAGCUGCGGCCAAGAAACCCGACCCCGACUCAGUAGAGAUCAAGUACAUUGAAAUGACUCCCGCCCGAGCCAGGAGCCACGAAUCAAUGCAGGGCUCGGCCAGCCCUUGCGUCACGCCGCUCUCCAUGUCUCCCCAAAGCGGCUGCUUCCUGGUCCCAAGAGGGGUGCCACCCCGGGACAACUGCACCCCAAAUGGCAGUGUGGUCUUCUCCGGGCCGGAGAGCACCCGGGCAGUUCCUCAAAGUGGGAGCUCCCCCCAGCCCUGCUACCGAGUGUCAGAAAGCGUAUCCAUCCCGCAGCGUGGUCAGAAGGACUGCAUCUCCUACGGGCCAAACGCUUUCCUAGCCACCUCUCCGGGCCUGGAGAACUUACGGAAGGCUUUGUACCUUGCGCGGGCUUCUCAGCAAACCAGCAGGGUCUCCGUGCUCUCCACCAGCCCGGGAUCAGACACCAGUUACGUGCUUGGCAGCACCCAGUCGCUUCUCAACGACGACUCAGACUCUUACCCAAGUGCCCACAGACCGGCGGAGAGCCCGGUCGCUGUCGGCUUCUUCAGCAGCCCUAAUCUCCCCUCCCCGAGCACCAGGGCUUUCAGUCCAGGUUCCGAGCCCAACCCAGCGAACGCCUCUUCCUCCCCGCCACUCCAGAAGGGCCAUGCCAGCAGCUGCCCGCCCUCCCUCGUUACCUCCAUGGCCGAGAUCCCCAUCCUGCUGGUCAACGGGUGUGUGGAAUCUGGCGAGACGUCUUCCAGGGUGGCCAACGGUGUCCCAGGUUCCACCAAGCAGACGAUCCCACCCCAGCCCAGCCCAUCCUCCGGGACCAGCCGCGGGAACAAGACCUCUUCGGACACGUCUUUCUUCUCCUCGCAUAGUCCCUCCCAAGAUGGUCAACCAACCAUGAAGUUUGUGAUGGACACGUCAAAAUACUGGUUCAAGCCAAGCAUAACGAGAGACCAAGCAAUCCAGCUCCUGAGGGAGGCAGAGCCAGGCGCUUUUCUCAUGCGCGACAGCACGUCGUACCGUGGGUCGUUUGGGCUGGCAAUGAAGGUUCUCAGCUCGCCCACCAGCUGCAAGACAGGUGAUGAGAGCGGCGACCUGGUCCGACACUUCCUCAUUGAGUCGUCUGCCAAAGGAGUGCACCUCAAAGGGGCUAGCGACGAGCCCUAUUUUGGGAGCCUGUCGGCCUUCGUCUACCAGCACGCCAUCACGCCGCUCGCCUUGCCCUGCCGGCUGGCCAUCCCCACACGAGGGACGGGCCCAAAUUUUGCUGGCGGCCAUAACGGCGCGGAGACCCCGCUGGAAUCUGCGCUUGCUGCAGUGAAGAAAACUGCCGCCUGCAACGUCUUGUACCUCAACUCGGUGAGCGUGGAGUCGCUGACCGGCGCCUCGGCGGUCCAGAGAGCUGUCUCUUCCACCUUCGAACUGGAGACGCUGCCCAUGCCCACCAUCGUCCACUUCAAAGUGACUGAGCAAGGAAUAACCCUGACCGACGUCCAGAGAAAGGUGUUUUUCCGGCGGCAUUAUCCCCUCGCUGCCCUCAGCUUCUGUAGCAUGGACCCUGAGAACAGAAAGUGGCAAAAAUACUGCAAGUCGUCACGGAUCUUUGGCUUCGUCGCCAAGAGCCAAACGGACGCCGAGAAUCUCUGCCACCUCUUUGCCGAGUACGACACGGUGCAGCCAGCUUCCCCGGUCAUUGACUUGAUCCGCAAACUCCUCCCGGAGCAGUAGAGGCGGCUGAACUGCUUCCAACCUUGUUGCGUUUUUGGCAACCGCGCGUAUUUAUAACUUUGGGGAUGUACUUUGAUGCCGAGACUUUCAGAGGAAGUUUUGACUCUCCCUGCUCAGUCCUGGGAACCUCCGCUGGGAUGGGGUCUCUUUCGAGAGGAAUCGCGUGGAAAGCUUGCCCCUGAGGAAUGUCUCGGGCGUACCUAGUGCAGCUUGCAGGAAGCCAGACGGCGGAGGAGCCCAAGAGGGCUUGGAUUUGCCUUGCCAAGUCCUUUGCUCAUUUGACGGGGAUUUGGUUCGUUAACAGGCUGGGGAAGUUUUGAGAGCAGUGUCUGUCUUCACAUAACUGGCGGGUCACAUAGGCUGGGGGAGGCUGGGCCUCUCCAGACAGUCAGCUGUGGCCUUGCUCCUAUCCUGCCCAAGCCACUCCACUUGUGAGGCUCUUCUCAGGCCCCCUGUACUCCAGCCGGGACAGGGGCUGCUGGAGCCACCCACGGCCUGCCUUCCCAUGCUCUGGGAUGGUGGGAUAGCUGGGGCUGCCUGCUUUCCUUGUGCUCCAGGCCUGGGUAGGGUGCAGCCUCGUGCCACCUGCUCUCCCCACGCUCCUUAGCUAGCCUCAGGUGGGGCCACACUGGGGAAGGGGGCUCUGGGCUCCAGUGGGGGAUGGAAAGGGCAGGGCUUGAGAUGGAAGGGGCAAGCCUGAGGACUAGUGCCCCCAGCCAGGGGUUCACCCACCGCCUAUGCAUCUUGAGAUCCUUAAAGGGGUCCGGGCUCCCACCCUCCAAAAAUCCCAGUUAGCACCACCCAGGUUACUCUGCAAGAGGUGAGACAAGCACCUGCGCUAGGCUGACCGGCCCGCUACAUAGCCGGCAGGUGUGCAUUUUGCCCACCAAGGCCCCCACGAAGAUUUGCUUCUGACAAAUCUUGGCUCCCUCUGAUUUUGAGACAGAGCUGUCAGGCCAAGCAGGGGGUUUUUUUUAACUUUGCCAGGGCUGGUAAAUUUGGGGGCCCUUUUUGGCUAGGCUGGUUGAGACCAGCUCCAAAUCCCCGGCUCAUCCUGAGCAGAGAAAUAAACCCUGACAUUUUCUGGACAGCACCGUGUUGGCUUUUGGGAGGAGACUUACCAGUAUCGCAGCCAGACCCUCAGUGAGGCAAACUGACGGGGCUCUGGUGCUAUUCUGGUUUACAGCCUGAGUCUGGGACAGCAGCGUUAAAGUCAGAAGGUAGAGCCGUGCUCAAAAUAUACCUUUGAUCCUCCCUUUUUAAAACUCCCAUGGUACUGUCGAUGGUUUUUGUUUGAGGCUCUUUUAUCCGGAGUAUGAACAAGUCUGACGAGAAGGUAUUUUCUGUCUUAAUGGGGGAUUGUUUCACUCACCACGAAAGCUAGUGUGGAGCUUUUAACAACCGAACUAUGUUACUGUGUGCUGCAAGCGUGUGGAUGUAUGUGUAACUAAAGAAAACCCCUGUAUCCUCCAACAUGACUUUGAAAGACUUCCUUGGCGGCAGGAAAACACUGAGUGCAUGUGGCGGGAUUGCUCCAUGCAAGACAAGCAACAGGCCCCAACAAGAUAAAGCCUUUUGAGCAUUUUCUAUCACGCACAACAAGUUUUUUUCGGCCUCCGGUGUGGUUUAAUUACAGCACACUCUGUGCGAUUCGAGGUCUGACUGCACCACCAGGCCAAGCAGGUGCACGCCGUAGGGAAGUAAGACUCCAAAAAUGCUUGGGGGAGCUCAAAGCACUCCUGGAAUUUGCACCUUCCCAGAGGAGUCGACAGGCAGGCUUUGUCUGCACUGGCACAUUUUGCUGCCCACAGCUGCCUUUUGGCGAAAAACCAGUGAGAGUGUUUACAUUGUGAUGCAACUUUUGUCAGGGAAAACACCCAGUUUUGGCAACAAAAAAAUCCUCCCCCGUGAGAGACUUCUGCCUUUUUCCCCUCCCUUUAUUGUCGACCGUGUGGACACUGUGGUUUGUUUUGCCAAGAGAACUGGCUUCCACCAGUAUCCCACCAUGCCUGCCCUGAUGGCUGUGCUCAGUGUUUUGUGAU